CGCCACUCGGCCGGCCGCUGAUUCGCCGCUGCGGGUUUCCGACCUGACUCCAAACGUCCCCUGCCUGCGCCCGUCGACGCCAACUUGGUCAACCGCUUGAAACACCGACGAACACCACCGACUCCAACACCACAACCACAACCACUCACCACACUUGCCUCUGCCGCCUUCACCACCACAACCGUCAUUGGGCUCUGUCCCGCCCCGUGUUGCUUGUAGGAUUUCGCCGAAUCCCUCCUCAGCGCCCUGUCUGCCACUCGUUGUUCUCGCUCGCACUGCCAGCACCAUCCCAGCACCCAGACACCACCAGCGAGAACAGGACACGGCCCCUUCACCACGCUCGCUAUUGGCACACCACCCUUCACUCGCAUACACGCUGCCGCAUUUGCCAAUCCUGCGUCUGCCAUCCUCGUUGCCGUUCAGGACGGCGGCCCUUCCAUCCCUCCCCGUUCGCUGACACGCGCGCCCGCCCUUCGGCCAGCCUGCCCUGUCCUCGACUCUGCAUUGCUCUGCUUCGUCCAGCGGCCGAAAGCACGCUUUCCGGGCGCGGGCGGCUGUCCCUAACCCCCGUGUGAAGGUCGCGCAGCAAGAGACAGAACGAUGGUUAGGCGAAGACGAUGUCGAACGCCGACCCUUUCUCCGCCUCCAACUCCAGCAGCCAUGCCACGACCACUACUUUCACCACCACAACCGUAACCACGACGACCGCUGCCAACGGCUUGAGCGCCUCCUUCGAGUACGAUCCCUAUUCGUCUGAGAAUUACUAUCGUGUCAAUCCUACGCCGCUGCCGCCACCACCACCACCACCGCAGCCAGAGCAGUACCAGCAUCGUUUCUCUACCAGCGCCGCGAGCCUUGAAGGCGACCCGGAUGAUUUCUACCGUCCUUUCGCCGACCACCGUGCCUCACACCCGGACAUUGUUAUUCAGACCGUCCCAGAUGAUGCUGAACCUCGUCCUGGCAUGAUGCCUAACCCAACUGCUCGGCAGAGGCGUGCCAGCGCUGCUGGCGGCAUUUCCUCUUCAAGACUUCCCAUCGCAACCGCGUCCGCCAACAGCUCGCCCUCCCGUCCGAGCACACGUUCCGCGUCCGGUCCGGUUGCGACCGCACGGCCCACUGGUCUCAGCUCGGCCAAGUCGAUGGGUGCUCUCGGCGCUUCCUCCCACAUCCAGGGUCAUGGUGGCACCAUACGUGAGCGCGUACAGCAAUUGGAGAGGUCGCGGGAGUCCAGCCCUGCUGCAGAAGGCAGUCGCGGCGCCUCCAGUACUGGCCGGUACUACAGCAGAUCGCGGCCUCCCUCGUCCGCCUCGGCCAACGUGACCACCGCAAACACAAGCACGCCCGCUAGCGUUGGAGCCUUGCGCUCUCCCCCACGCACACGCCUGUCCAAGGACCACAUGCCAGCUUCUUCUCCCCUCGACCUUCACACCGACGGCAGAGGGCGGCGGCUCCUGUUUGGAGAGGUAGACACAAGUAUGGCGGCAGCCACGAACCUUGUGGGCCAUGGCAUCGACGUUGUGCACGCCGCACACACCACAUCGACCAGCGGCAGCAUGCACGAGCCAAACGCUAUGUUCGCUCGCAGUCGAAGCCAGUCAGACGUCUCGAGCAGCAACUCUCCUACGUUGGGUCACACCGGCACCGGUCACAGCCGCUCGUACAGCCACGAAGCCAGCCUACAACCUUACUCUGCGUCUUCGUCUAAUGUGUCUAGCUCUACUCCCUCUCCAACUGGCGAUCACAGCAGGAACCUGUCCCCGUCUGCAUCUCGUAUCCCCGUACCGCGCUCUAGACGAGCCUCAGAUAUCGGACCCGCGAAUGGAUCUGCCUCACGGUCGCGGUCUCGGCCCAACGCCCAAACAACUCCCGCCUACAGUCAGCAGCAAGCCACCGUUGCUGCAUCUUCGAGCUCGCCGAUGCUAUUAUCAUCAAGGCGGUACAGUCCGCCGCGUAAAUUGGCAGACCCAAGCCAUCUACACGCCAUGGUCAAGGCUCCGCCCCCAAAGACCUCGCCUCCCUUGCGAAGCACGCGCAACAGACAACCGGUCACUGCAGCGACUGUUGCCUCUAAGGCCAAGGUGACAGAGCGCUUUAAGCCGAUGCAGAAUUCGUCCUCGUCUACACGGUUGCAGAAACCAACAAUUCCCCAGGUAGACAUUGCCGAGAGGCGGGCGCGGCUGCAAAAGAACCUCGCUGGUGGUGACACUCGCGCAAGGCCGGUGAGGCAAGACCUAAAGAACCUACAGGAGGGCAAGUAUCCGUCCCGCCGCACCAACUGGGUCGAGGCCGAUGCGGCGAGCGACGUCAGUAGCGACACGCUGCCUUCGCGCAAGUCGUUGACCACUAUGUCCGUGCCGCUCUUGUCUAUCGAGACGUCAGAUGUUGGCGGCAAUGCAAGCGGAACUCAACAAUCCGAUGUUCGCAGCGCGGGCGGUGCAAGCACAGAUUUCGAGGAAUCGCCCACGGCCGGGGUUGAUGAGGGCCAGCAGCAGCACCAGGCCGUACCGAUCCAAGUGACGCCACCGACAGAAUCUGCUGAGCUUGAGCCUGCAACGAAAUCAUCUGCACCAGCGACAUCUCCAGAACAUCUGCAGAACCGAAGAGAUUCGCAAAGCCUGCUGAAGCAUGUGCUCAGCCUGCGACAGCAUAGCCCCUCGGAGACGUCGCCUGUGUCGCGGACAGAGGUUCCGGACGACUACCUAACGCAGAUUGACGACGGCGAGACGGUCCAGUUCAUGCUCGGCACGACGCCAAAGUUGGCAGCCCAGACUUGGACGCCGGAGUUGCCUACCAACAACUCCGGGAGCUCACCAGAGGCCUUUCACACGCCGCGAGAGGAGGGCGGCUCAGACUUUGACGACGGCUUCGACGGCUUCGACGGCCGGUCGUCGAUUGUGCCGGAUGACUCGGUGAGCAUGGUGUUCCAGCGCAAGUACGCUGAAAUGCUGGCUCGCGAGCAGCCGCCACCACCGAUGCCAGACAAUGCGGUGGAGAUUGCAAGGAGUUAUCAUUUUGACCGGACCAAUGCUGACAACGGCAACAACGACAAAAUCAAUAAUCAUAAUACUUACACGUUAAGCACAGAAGCGAGGAGCGAGAUCAACAGGGUUCUGGAUCAGUACCAGGAAGGACACGUGACGCCAGAGAUGGCGCAUGGUUUCCGGCAGCAGGUCGAAGCGUUGACCCCGAAUUUGUCCCGUCACGACGCCUGGGACUCACCCGAGGCGACGAAGAGGUAUCUUCGAAGCGUUUUACAGGAGUCUGUCAUGACAGAAUCUACACCAAAUGCGCGCGAAGAAGAUGCGGCCCGGACCGGGGGCCCUGAAGAACCGACAGAGGAGAGCGAGGCCGGCGGUGGAAUAGCCAUUAUCUACGGGCCGGUGCGGAAUGAUGAAUUGGGUGAGCCUCUGGAACGAACAGGCACGCUUCACAGUCACUCGACAAGCAACGCAACGCUCAGGCCAGCCAAGGACGAGAUCGACGACGAAAAGCACAGAUCGUAUCUCGAGGACAUAGCGUUCCGGCCUGCGCCGCCACCCAAGGACUUCAUCGACUUCGACGGCGGCAGCGAUCCAGCCCGAAUCACCUCGAUACCUACGCUGCCGGAGUUUUCCAGCCCGGCCUCCGGCCUGGGCCUGUCUAUGACGCCGCCCGAGAGCGGUCCGGUCUCAACGUCCACCCACCCGCCAGCUCCCACCCAUGCGCCGCCGCCUCUGCCACCUGCGCCGCCGACACCUCAAAAGGACAUUUUUAUCCCGCACGCUACUCAGCCUGCGGUGUCUUCCGCGCCUCCGAGCGGGCCCGGGUACGACGCCUUCAUACCUGGAUUGCCGUCUUCACCUGCGGCAGCGCGUGGACGGCCGGCCCCCCAAACACAGCAACAGGUCAUGGCGGAAGCGAUCAAUCAGGACGUACCUCGAUCCACGGGAGCGUCGAUUGACACGGUCGUUACUUCUAGAAAUCAAAGUCCUUUCAGCAUUGCACGCAGCACUAAUGGUGAUCGCUCGUCACAGAGUCUGACAACGCCAGACAUAGAAAAGGACCUGACGCAGCGUAGGCACCGCGUCAAGGAGCUGGUUGACACGGAGCACACAUUUCACCAGGACCUAACCGUUAUGACGGACAUUUAUCUUGCAACCGCAGCCGAAGUCAUUGGCGAGGACGACCGCCGCAUCCUCUUCGGCAACAUCGAGCAGCUACGCAAUUUCACGACCGACUUCCUGGACGACCUCAAACGGGCGGCUGCUCCUAUCUACGUGAUACCUCGCGAGAACAGGUGGAACCACAAGCGUGGCAGCUUCACGACAUCCAACAGCGAGACAACGGAGAACUCGUCGUCAAGCAGCGUCACAACCGAAGAGCGCAUAGAAAACGAUCGAUGCACUACCAUUGGCCAGACUUUCUGUGAGCAUCUACCCACGCUUCAGAAGGUGUACAGCGAGUGGCUCCGUAACGCCAAUGCAGCCAACAAACGACUCAUCGAGCUGCAGAAACAGCCAGCGGUAAAAUACUGGCUGGACGAGUGCAUUGAAAGUCACAAGGACCUCACGUCCGCGUGGAACCUGGACUCGCUCAUUGUCAAACCUUUUCAGCGUUCGGCAAAGUACACGCUCCUGCUCGACGAGAUCCUGCGCUUCACUCCGCCAGAUCACCCAGACUACGCGAUGCUCAAGCAGGCCAAGGACCUCGUUAAGGCGUACAAUGAGCGUGCCAAUGACAUCCAAAAACGCUCCGAGCUGGUCGAACAGGCCAUGAGCAAGCACAAAGAUCCGAAUGGUAGAAUCAAGGUCAGUAAGCUGCUCAACCGCAGGACCGAAAAGCUCAAGCAGCAGGUUGGCUUGUCCGGCCUGGCCGAGGACCCGGAGUACGACGCGAUCGCGCAAAAGUUCGGAGGUCACUUCUUUCAGCUGCAGGUCGUCAUGCGCGACGUCGAAAAGUACCUGGAGGAUGUUCAGCACUACGUCGACCAGUACGUGCUGCUGAUGGAGGCGCUGGUCGGCAACAUCGGCCUCGACGCGCUGAACAGGUACCCGGAGAUGGAGAGCCGCUGGAUCGCGUUCCGCACAGCCAUUGUCGAGAUGAAGAACGUCGCGCUAGGCGAUCACACGCGCAAGGUACGUCGUACCGUCAUCGAUCCCAUCCAGCAACUGUGGCGCCUGCACGUUGGACCCCAAAAGAUGAUGGCCAAGCGCAAGAAGCGCAUCGUUGAGUUUGUGCGGCACCGGAACAUGCUCGAGAAGGGCGAGAAGCCGGAUAAGCGGCUCGAACAGGAGGCGGAGCAGUUCCGUGCCGUCAACGAGACUCUCAAGGAGGAGCUGCCUCGCCUGUACGCACUCACCAAGAAGCUAGUCGAAAACUGCUUGCUCAACUUCAUUGAGCUGCAGUCGCAGUGGCAGAGAGACUGGACGCGCAAACUCAGCCCUCUGAUCGAUGACAUGGAGCCCCUCCUUGGCGUCGAGCUCGACCAGGCCCUGUUCAGUGUUCAGACUGCUUAUGCGCAGGACAUUACCGAGGCCCAGGACGUGCUUGCCACGUUCAAGGUGUGCAACAAGAUGCUCGUCACUGAGGCACGCAACUUCAAAUCCCCGGCGACAACGUACUCACGCGACGACGAAUCGUACGCCAAACGGCCGUCGACGUUGGGCAGCAGCGCUGGAGGCAAGCGUGCCGCGUCUAUGUCCAACGAGCACGUUGGGCACAGCACGCCCAACCUCAGGCUCAGCGGCGACAAUAUCACUCUGUCGCCGCUCGUGGGCGCAUUAGGAAUGCCCGAGGCUGUGUACCAGACGACGAAUAAUCACCAGCAACGAAACCGCGCUGGAUCCGCAAUGUCGAGCCGCGGAUCGUCAACGCCAUACUCAGCGGCUGGCUACAUCGGCCCGACUGCGUACGGCUACAGCAGGCCCACCACGUCUGAUCGCGGCGAGCCCUCACCGGGCGUCGUGCCGCGCCUCAGCUUGGAUAGCCCGACGACGCGCUCACCUGCACGCAACGAGUUUGGGGGCAAUACGUACGUUGUGCCAGACGCUCGGCUGCCCGCAUCGGCACCGCUUCAGAUGGACGACCGCUUUUCUGGCAUGUUCCACUCCGCGUUGCCCAUGUCGGAUUCGCCGAGGGCGCCGUCACCAGAGCAGGACCACGGCACUCACGAACCACACGUACUCUUUCUCGCCGCCAGCCUGUUCGAGUUCUACAUUGACAGCACCAGGACGGAGGGCGGGUACCCCUACCUUACGUACCAGCCCGGAGAGAUCUUCGACGUUGUCGCGCAGAAGGGCGAACUCUGGCUUGCGAAGAAUCAAGACGACCCCACCAAUACGAUCGGCUGGAUCUGGGAGAAGCACUUUGCACGUAUUUUGCCUGAUAAUUAGAACAACCUUCAACCACUUGUGCUUCUGUCUCUUACUCGCCUGCCCCGAGUCACCACAUGCACAUACAUACUUAAAAACAUAAACCUCCAGCUUUCUUCACGGAAUCUACGCCCGAACCUUACUUCUCUCCUUGCGUCCGCCCCCUUCAGUUCUCAUCAUCCGGAUCGAACCAUCCAGUGUUGUUGUCCAUUACAACACACGUGAUGGGCCGAUUUCUCCAACAUCAGCCAGCUACCUAUACUAUGUACGGACGAUAAACUUGUUCUUUUGUUUCUUAUUUGCUCCGCGUUUGACUUCACUUGGCGGAUUUCUAUCGGGACAGCGAGGACCUGCUUAGGGAUAUACAGUAUAUAUAUAUAGACGGGCACACACCUGUAUCUCUUCCUUUCAAACGGCGAUUUGGAGGGCAAAACCCAACUUCUUUUUUUCUCUCAUGAGGACUUGCAUUAGCAAAAUGACGCGGAAGCAGGGCUUUGCACCUGGGCCCUCAGUGGAGGAAAUGCGCUGCGAUGCAUCCUUCUCUCUGCCUUGCUUGCUUUCUUUUUACUCGCAUGGCGUCUGGGGGCGUGUUUUUUU